ACCAAAUGGUCAAUUCCACCAAAGACCUUCCUCUCGGGUGGAACCACCUAGAUCUGAUGCUGAGUGACGACGAGGGAGACGAUGACUCUGUGAGCUGGGAGCUGGACAGAGAUUUGGUUGAGAUCGAGCACCAACAGACACUACAAGCACUUGAGCCACCUUCUGCUCCUGGGGAAGAGCAAGUGUUCGAUGAGGAAAGUCAGGCACAUGCAGUUGGGGUCGUUCUCCCUUCGUCAACUCCACGACUCUCCAACUCACUUUCGGUUGACAUACCAGAAAGCACCCUAGUAUCACCCAGUUACCUGUAUCAGGGUGAAUAUCCAGUGCCACCACCUCAAAGAGAAUGGUCUGCGGUCAAACGCUUGCUGGAGGAACACCAGCGGUCAGGAGUCAUUCCUCAAGACGGGUACAUCGAUAUCGAACUCGACAAGUUUGUCGUUUACACCCAGCCUUAUGCACCUGGGCGGGUCGAUUACCCUAAGGCGUACUACCCAGCCGAAUUGCGGCCUCUGCAGCAUUUAUCGACCAAACAAAAUAACGACAGCCUAUUUUUUGACGGUGUGCUAUCCGUUGCUAAUUGUCGAAUCCAUGUCCGCCAGGUGUCAUUCAAUGAGCUGCCAAUUGGCAAAUACGGCAUAGAAAACCCGACUGUGGGUUCUGACAUUUGGAUUCGGUCAGACUUGAACGCGAAGCGCCUGUCUCGGGGCCACAAAGACAUAUGCUACCGUCUAAAAAAUCCAGCAAAAGAGUACAAACGGUUUCAUUCCGGGUUUUUAUGGAUUGCGGACCUGGCCAAACAUGUCGUCGACUACCUGGAGGAAGCCCACGAGGAGAAUCGCGAUGUCAACUUCCAGGACUUCCGUUCAGACUUCAGCACUUGGCUUUCACAAAAGCAUGAAGGUUCCCUAGCUUUUUCGAGAUGGCGCAAGCAGUACCCUGGAACGGAUUUCGGCUUUGCGGUCAACGCAAAUGUCCAGUUCGUUUGGAAAGAGGCCAACGGUAUCCUCGGAGAAGUAGCCCGGUCUUUCCGGCUCUGGAAAGAAAUACUACACUUCACUGCCUUCCCUUCUAUCACGGCAAGCGAAUCAACCUCGUCAACUCAAAGCAAUACAAUCCCAAAGACGAUAGUGACUCCGUACAUCUCCCACCCCCAACACCGAGAGAUUGCGCACCGGACCUCAAAGGCGCUUAAACUCGAACUUUGCGCCAAGAUACACACUGCCCAGCAGCCCUUCAACAUGAAAAGGCCUAUAUCAGGCAUUCAGGUAGGCGACGUUGUCUCCAUAUUACCAGACGCCGGCAUCCAGGUCAGCAUCAAGAGGAAAAGGGUACUAUGGAACAAUCAGGAUGACAAACUCUGGUACGGCAUGAUUCAGGAAGUCCACCAUACACAAGCAGGAAUUGUGUUCGACGUCACUUGGCUGUACCAACCGAACGACACCCCGUGCGGGCAAAUGGUUUACCCUUGGAACAAUGAGAUAUUUUUCUCGGACCAUUGCACCUGCCAUGAAUCCCCCGGCGAGAGAGAGCGUUUAAGCAAGAUCAAGGAGGAGGAAGUGCUUUCCACUCACUCUGUCGACUGGGAUGGUUCACAAGACACAGACAACGACUUUUUUUGCCGUUUGACGUAUCUCACCGCAGAACAUUGUUGGGAGACCUUCUCGCCAGCUCACCGACGCUGCUCCUUCUUCCAUCGAGAGGAAGAAACCAGUUUCGAAUAUCAGCUUGGUGACACAGUUCUAGUCACCUCUCAAGAAGAACAAGCUGAGGUCGUUGAGUUGACAGUCUUACCGAACUCAGUUGGACUAGCCACUUUCAGACGCCUUCCGAGCCGACAACAUUAUGAGUCACAGAUGCCACCGAACGAAUUGCUUUACAGUGACGAGGAGGUGUCCUACAAAGUCACUCAAAUUGCCGGUAGAUGUCUUGUACGGAUCUUCCGGCCAGGCGAGCUCAUCGCCCCCCCAUACGAUCGCGGUGGCGCUGGCAACGCCUUCUACAUCACGAACGCCUUGCAGUGUGGACGUGUGUGCCCUCUUGAGGACACUGAGUUCAGUCUCAGACAAGCUUUUGACCCUUCCAAAUCCUUUCCUAAGCUCAGGGGUGUCGACCUCUUCUGUGGAGGUGGGAAUUUUGGACGUGGUUUGGAAGAAGCUGGCGCCAUCACCAUGGAUUGGUGCAACGACAUGAAUGCAAAGGCAGUACACACUUAUGUUGCCAACGCAGGCAACACGGUCGCUCCGUUUACUGGUCCCAUAGAGGAACUCCAGAAGCUUGCAUUGCUUGGCAGCUUCAGCGACAAUGUUCCUGAAAUCGGGCAGGUGGAUUUUGUCUCUGGUGGCAGCCCGUGUCCUGGGUUUUCUCGCCUCACGUCCGACAAAACGAAACCUAAACAGCUCAAAAAUCAGUCACUGGUAGCAGCUUUCGCCUCAUUCAUUGACAUAUACAGGCCUAAAUACGGCUUGCUCGAAAAUGUCGAGGGUAUCGUGCAACCGGAGACCAAGAAGAAGGAAGAUGUCUUCCGUCAGCUCAUCUGCGCAAUUGUUGGUCUUGGUUACCAGACGCGGUGUUUCCUCCUUGACUCUUGGUCACACGGUGCGCCACAGACACGGACUCGAGUUUUCCUCUGCUUUGCGGCGCCAGGUCUUAAGCUCCCAAAGGUUCCACGACAUUCACACUCCCACUACAAGGCGCGACAACUCAAGCUAGACUCCCGCUACAAGGCGCGAGAACUCAAGCUAGGCAAAUUAUCCAACGGGCAGUUCAUGAUAGAGCGACAGGUUUCUGUGCCGACUGCCUUGAAGUUCGUCUCCGCUGCUGCAGCAACUGCUGACCUGCCUGACAUCAAGGACGGCAAACCGGAUUUCUGUGCAGAGUUUCCUGACCAUAGGGUUGCCUGUGGCGUUACGAAGAACCUCCGCACACAAAUGAGCAUCAUUCCGUUCCAUCCAUAUGCCAUGGACUUUCUUUUAUCCUGGAGAGAUGGCAAAGGUACCAUGACGAAAGCAGAGAGGCAGUGCUUUCCUGAUAGGGGCAGGAGGGUCAACAAAGGCUCUCGGGCUUUCGGUCGAGUCAAACCAAGCGACCCCAUGCAUACGAUUACCACCAAAUCCCAGCCUUCCGACUCUUCUAUCGGAAAAAUCUUGCAUUGGAACCAGAACAGGCCAUUGACAGUCAUGGAGGCUCGUCGUGCCCAGGGAUUCCGCGACAAUGAUAUCAUCCUGGGCAAUCCUGUUGACCAGUACCAAACCAUCGGCAACAGCGUAUCCAGAGAGGUGUCGAUUGCUCUCGGGGUAUCUUUCAGAGAGGCCUGGCUCGGUUCCUUGGUGGACGGCGAGGAGCUUGAUCCGAUUGUAUGGCGACUCCCGGCACAGUCGAUGAAUGAAGCUGUCGAAGACUACGCAAUGAGCCCGGGAACGCCUGCGUUGGCCGAAUCGUCUAGGGGGACUCCCGCCUCAAAGUCGCCGCGUCCUCUGCCGAAGCGUAAAUUUGGAAGCUCUUUGGGGAUUGAGUCAGUUGUCUCGAAGUUGAUGAAGUCGAGCCGAGCACAGAUGGCUAGCGAAGGGAGGGUGAAAUCUGAUAAACAGUACGAGCCCGCGGGGUCUGCCUCGGCUUUGACAUCGACCUCGUCAUCGGUUGUGGCAUCAUUUUCAUCGCCAGCUCCCGCGUCGACCGUCGCAUCGGUCUCGUCGAGAUCGGACGUCGAGGUUAUUGAGUUGGAUUAGA